UCAGUUGCAGACUUCAUUUUCUUUUCUAAGGUAGUUUGACAAGCCGUUAGUAUGCCAGAACCAGCCAAGUCUGCUCCUGCCCCGAAAAAGGGCUCUAAAAAGGCGGUGACCAAGGCGCAGAAGAAGGAUGGCAAGAAGCGCAAGCGCAGCCGCAAGGAGAGCUACUCCGUCUACGUCUACAAGGUGCUGAAGCAGGUCCACCCCGACACCGGAAUCUCCUCUAAGGCCAUGGGCAUCAUGAACUCCUUCGUCAACGACAUCUUCGAGCGCAUCGCUGGUGAGGCGUCUCGCCUGGCGCAUUACAACAAGCGCUCGACCAUCACAUCCAGGGAGAUCCAGACGGCCGUGCGCCUGCUGCUGCCCGGGGAGCUGGCCAAGCACGCUGUGUCCGAGGGCACCAAGGCUGUCACCAAGUACACCAGCUCCAAAUGAGCAGCUUUCCCGCUUAGUCAUCAAACCAAAGGCUCUUUUCAGAGCCACCCAUGUUUUCACGAUUGGAGAGUAACACUGUAUAAUGUGCUGCUUUUUCUGUAGGCUGGGUGUCGAUUUAGCGUAACACUAAUGAAAGCAUCCCCAGUUGCAGUUUCUUGGGUGGUAUGUAGGUGCUGCGUGCGAUUCUGAUCGUUGUGUCACGAUCGGGUUAUAUCCUGCUGUGGGAGGCGAACGUGGGGUGAAGCAAAUUGUAACUCGUUCAGACGCUUGGAACUCGUUGCAGCUGGAGUACGCAACUUUUUUAAUUUGCACAGGCCCUACCUGGGCUGGUGGCAGCCCUUCAGGAGGGAGCUAAAAUGACCAUAGAAUUCCUGUUCUCCGUUUUAUAUCAAAUAGCGUACAAGGCUACGGUAACAUUUGGAAAUCUUGCUUUCUUAAAAAUGUAACAAUGUUUACGUGUUGCUGUCGACCUCUACACCACAUUCUUUGUGUCUGCCUAAUUCCUUACCCUCCAUCCCCAACCCCCAUCCCCACCCCCGCCAGCUUUUUGCCUAAAGCUUUUGGUGUCUAGGGAAGACUUUCAAUCAUUUAAGGUUAUUUAAAGACAUGUGGGGGCGGGUGGAAGGGGGGCUGAGACUCCACUAAGGGAACAAUGUAAUACUAAUGUUUACUUUUCCUUUAUCCCUUUCUUUCUUGGAGUAGUUCAAAAAGGCACUUGUCAUUGGGUUGUCUUUUGCUUGUUUUUAAUGAAGAAGAAUAAAAUCCGUUUCUCUGUCCGCUCCCCUGUGUCGUUUCACAAACUGUUAGUUGCCCCUGAGUUGAUUCAGACUCCUGUCAACCCUAUAUGUAUAAAGUAGAGCUGCUCCGUAAUGUUUUCAAAGCUGUGAACUUUCCGAAGCAGAUCUCUGGGCCUGUCUCCCCAGAUGCUUCUGGGUGGGUACCAACUGCCAACCUUUAAGCA